GCUCUCCUGUCUUGACGCAGCUCGCUUCUCAUCUUAAAUCUCCGUACACCCAUUGGUUCCGAGCACCAAUACAUGUCGUUUUGGGGGAAAAAAAGUUUUGCUGGAAGAAGUCGUUUCAAAUUGUAGGUUGCUUAUCUAUGUUUCAAAAUGUAAAACCUUUUAGAGCGUAACACGUUGAAAAUCAUAUGAGAUUAUUUUUACAGUCCGUGUUAAGUAUGCGAGCAAGAAAUUAAAUCGUAAAGAGUAAGCUAACGUUACUUUCCUUGAGAAAAGUUGUUAGCUAACGUAAGAUGUUACAAAAUGCUAACAUUCAUAACGUUAGUUGUCAUAACGUAGCUACAUGAAAAAUGACAGAGCAGUGCCUGUUGGAGAGAUGUCGCACUGAUGUGUUGGUCAGUUUCUCCGAGUCGCUGCACAUCUACACAGGGCUGUUAACAGUGGCUACAGUGUGUGGAGGGCUUUCGGGAAUAUUAGCUGUUGCUCUUUUGUACGUCUUCUGUCUGAAGCCGUUGCUGUUGACGAGACAAGGUUACAAUGCAAGGCGGCUGCUUGAACCUGACAACAACCAAAGUGACCAUGUCAGUAACGGCAGAAAGGAGGCUCCAAUAAGUGGCACAUCACAUGACAAAGAGAAGAAGCAGCCACCCAUGAACAGUGAUGUGGCUGCAUUUGCAUCCAGAGCAAAGGUGGUUUAUCCCAUCAACCAAAAAUACAGACCUUUAGCAGACGGAGCGUCCAAUCCAUCACUGCAUGAGCACUCCAAGUUGCCAGCAAUGCCUAACGAUGAGUCAUCCUCCUCCAUGGACGGAGAGUCUCUGAGCCAAGAGCAGGACAACGACGACAGCAGUCAGUUUAUCUCCUCCUCGGUGGUCCCCAAGAGCCUGCAGAACCAGAGCUUCACCAGAGUCUCUCACUACCCUCGCUCACUGACACAACCAGAUUUUGGGGGCAGGAUCAGCCUUUACUGUUUGGCCCUGCAGGAUAUACAACAACAUUGCUCCCAGCUUCAGGAAGAAAAAUGUCUGAUGUUUCUUCAAAUGGUGAAAAUAAUAUUCAGCUGUCAUUUUCCAAAAGACAAAUGUGCUGCUGACUUCUCCAAAAAUAUUCUUCAAAUGCAAGAAAAGGAACUGAAUGAGCUGAAGAAACAGUUGCCAACAAGCCACACUGCCAGCGAGAAAAAUUAUGACACUCCCUGUACUCUGGAAGAAAUAGAGAGAGCCCAAAAAGAUUUUCUUGAACGUGGCCUUCAAGUGUCCAGACGUUUCAGCAAACAGGUGGAGGACUUGUGCCAGCAUCUGCUGAAGAAGCCCAGCAUUUUCUCUCCAGAUGAAGCCCAGGGUGUGAUUCUCUCUCUCAUCCAGACUCUUCUGUUAGUAGAGAACCAUCUGAUGAACACACAAGAAGCUGAUCUUAAGAGGAUCCAGCAAAAGUUGUUGUGGUGGGAGGAGCUGACGGGGCUUCUCCAAUCCCAACCUGCCUUGCUAAGGCUGGAAGUGUCUCUGAGGCAGGGCUUGAUAGCAACAACACUGGAGCAGCUGACGAGUGAUGACGUCUUGACCUUUAGCCACAUGGAAAAGAUACUUUCAGAGGUCCAGGCAACUCUGACCGAAGGCCUUCAACAGUGCACAGAGGAGUGUACAAGGAAGACGAAGGAGCUGGUGAAUGACAAGUGCAGCAGAAUGGAGUCCAAGAAGAAGAAGCUUUUGAGGAGCCAGACCAAGGAGAAGAGCUGCGCCCUGGAACUGAGACAGCCUCACGGUGACCUACAGCAGCUCACCAAGGUGUACCAGGAGCUGCUGAUGAAACACAGACAACAGAUUUCUGACUCGGAGCAGCAGCAGGACAACAGGGUGGCUGAAGCCCUCUGUGACCAUUGGAAGAAACUCCGUGCCUCCUGGUCAAAGAGGCUUGGAGAGCUGGCCAAGGACAUUUUCCUCACCGCUGUCCCUGCCCAGUCAAAGGUCUCUGCUGAGCGCUGCGAGAAUCUGUGGUUGGAUCUGGAGCAGGAGCUGGUUGCACAGCUGCAGCAGGCAGAGUGCACUACCAAGGUGCAACUGGAGGACAUGAGGGCUCAGCUGGAUAAAGAUGGACAGCUGUGGAGUGAGGAGAUGGCUCUGGUGCAGGCCUGUCUCAAACAUCUGAGCGAACAGCAGAUGACAAUCCUGCGAGCCAUGUUGGCCAGACAGAGCUACACACUCAACAGCAACGUGUGGAAGUUGAUAGAGAAGAAACAUGAGCACCUGUUGGUGGCGGUGCAGAGGUACUUUGUGGUCAGGCACUUCUGUUUGCACAUGCUGAAGGAAAUGAGGCUGUCCAAGCUGAAAGCACUCUCUCAGACUGAUUUCAGGGCUGUGCUAAUGGAAGAUCCCAGUAAAAGCCAGUCCUGUGUCAAUUCAGCUCUCAAGAAUAGCAGUGCCAGCCUAGCAGAGAGGCAUCUGGGUCCAGAGAGUCAGCUGGUGGGCCACAGCUUCCAGCAGGAGUUUCUGUCUGAACUGGAAACAGGGACGGAGCUUCUUCAGAGCCAUGCACAGCUGGUGUUGGGCAACGCCCUCAGCCACGCCAUCCAACAGAUGAUGGAGACCCCACCCACUGAACCGCAGACCUCUCCCAAACAGGACGAUGGCUUGAAGCACUACCUGACAGAGGCUGCCUCGGAGAGUGUGUAUGUGACCAAAGAUUCUCUCACUGCACUGGUCCAAAGCUACUAUUCCCACCUACAGGACAUCAUCAAGAAAUUACAGCAGGAUCAGUCAAACAUAAACCACGAGGUGAAUGAGAACCAUGAGAGGAGCAGUCAGCUGAACAGAUCCUUGCUGAGGGAGCUGGUGAACUGGGGCAAAAAACCCAACUCGGCUGAGUUUCAACAGAGGGUUGAACUCCACAAAAGGAGGGUGUUGGAGCAGUGUGAUCUGGACCAGGAAACGAUAUAUGAGGAACUGAGGUGGAAGAAAGUAGCCCAGGAUCAGAACAUGGAAAAGAUCAAAGCCCAGCUGCUGGAGGCAGAAGAAAGCUUCAUAACUGAGCUGGCAGCCUUGGCCCGGGUCUCUCUCCACAGCCCAGACCCAGAACCCAGCGGUGAGGAGGACAACACUGGUAAUGAGAGUGCUACUAUAUUGGACCUGUUGUCCCUGAACCCAGCAUUAGAUCCUGCCUUGAAUCCUUCACUGACCCCAACGAUUGUAACUCCAGUGGUGAAAUCAAAACCAAAGAAGAAAAGAGAACGAGAAUCUCAUCUCAGCUGAAAUCUUAACACAGUACUGUUCACAUAUUCAUGCAGUCAUGUCCUGUAAAAAAGUUUACUCUUAUUAUAGUUGGUGCAUCAGGAAGUAAUGCCACUACUGGUCUGCUGGUACCAAUUGUGUUGUUAGGAAGGUACCUCAGCUUUGUUUGCAUUAAGCCAGAGGGAUCUGUCCUAAUUUAUGUAUAAGUGGACUGUCUAGUCUAAUUUAAAAUUUUCUAGAAGUGUGCUUGAAUUAGGUUACUGAAAUAUUGCAAUGGUGACAAAAACAAUGUAUUUUUCUCAAUUAGUUGGUAUUUUUGUAAAUUCCAUGUACUGUCAAAAAUCCAAUAAAAUAACAAAGCAGAUUAUCUUUUUAAUGCAUUA